AAACUAUUCCUAUAACCUGAGCCCGAGUGUUCAGCAGGAACUGUCUGAACCCACAUGUGUCUAAUUGAUGACGUGACUUCAAAGCACUUUUUAAAGGUGUAUGACAUUGUAGCGUUUGUGUGUGAAGAAGAAGACUACUAAGAGUAGCAGGUGUGUUUUUAGGAACUGUUUUAAGUAACAAAAUGUAGCGCAGGACAGCGAGGCUGGAGAGCCCGCGACGGAUUGGAUUGGCUGUUCACACACACACACACACACACACACACACACACUCGAGACACAACCGGGGGCAGGUCGGCACGCCGAGGAAACCAUCACCGUUUCAAUGGAGAGAAAGUAAGAUCCACCGAAAGGGGCCGCUAGCUUCACUGUCAAGAAUAUGUGCUCAGGUUUCUCGGCCUAGUGCUGCUGCUGCUGCUGCUGGGAUUUGCUGAGGCACUCACACAUUGGGGGAAAAGGCCAUUUCGACUGCAAAAAGCGCAGGAUUUUCGGUGUCCACGUCCGCGUGCGAGAUGUGAAUGGUGUCUCCGAGGCAAGUGGCCAGUACAGGUGCUCGGCUCGUCAGUAGUCCUCCAGACGAGCUGAAAAUCCUCGGAUCUCAUCACAUGGAAAACAUCACCCAUCGUAGUCAAGACGCCGGGCCUGAAGCCCAACCUUCAUGUCUCACUUCCACUUUGCAGCGCAGAACUAAGGACUACUGAGUACUUUACGGUUCCUUGAAAAGCCUCCAGAACUUCGUGGAGAACUUUCUGGAUCUGCUUUUUCACAUACAGGGAUCCACAAGCGCCAGAGGAAUGAGUUGACUCCAUGGCGCUUUAAGCUUGCCGACCCCGUCUCUGUUACAAAACAUGGACACGGCUUUGCCUGAAACUAGAACUGACAGUAACACUCGCAUGUCUCCUCCCAGUCCAGCGUUCAGUCUCGAUUCGUCCAGUCCAUUCGCAAAUGGCUUACACUUCGAGUCAAUUUUGUUUGAGGACGAAGAGGACGACGAAGACGCGGGCCCAAGGUCUUCACACGAAAAGCCGCGUAGCAUCCCCGUAGACGAUAUCUCUCCGUCUACAAAUCCCAAGCAAAGAUUCGCCAUUUUGGAUAGACACCAUAGUCUGUCUAAAGGGAAAAGAAGAACAAAAGCCUGGAUGUCAGUGAAACAAGAUGGAAACCGCGCCGAAGAGUCAGGCGGAGACGGCGAUCCAGGCUGUCUGGAGUGCGUCCGCGAUGACGUUACGCCGAUCAACAACUCAAAGUCAAAGCCUCUUCCACCAUUAAAGUACCUAGAAGGUGAAGUUAUCUGGGCCAAGUUCAACCGUAGACCGUGGUGGCCAUGUCGCGUGACCAUCGAUCCUGCAUCGGAAACGUAUCACAGAAUAAAAGCAGAGCCGAGGGAUAAUCCUUGUCGCCAGUAUUACAUCAAGACGUUUGGGGAACCUGAGGAACUGGCCUGGGUCUCCGAGAAAGCCAUGCAUGUAUUUGUUGGCGAAUAUCAGUUUCACAAUCUCCCUGGUCCAAAGAGAGGGGUACCCAAGCGGUUUCUAAGCUCUUGGAGUUGUAGUGUAGCCGAAGCUGAGGCGCACUUCCUGGAUAAGCCCAGGAUACCUAUAAUAACUUCUGAAUUCACAGAAAAGUGUUCAAUCGAUGAAAAAACGAAAGGGCAAGAAGACAAGGUGUCUGACUCCCGGUUGCUCCUGGGAAUCCCUGGAAACGGUCGGCAAGUCAACGGGAAGAUUUCACAUCAAGACCAGAACUUUUUGACGAAGUCCAAAUGCAAAAAGAAGCAAAGUAAGUCCUCGGCGGAGUUUUUCGCAAAGUACGACAAGUUUGUCUGUGGAAAGACAGAGACGGAAGUGGUGGAUAGUCCCUAUUCCGACAUCGACUCCGUGCCGCAAAUUCGCCGAUGUCCCAAAGGAGGUGGCCGAGCCUCGCUGAACUCCACGCCCGAUCAGCCGGUAGGGCAGGUGACAAGCCAGAACGAUAAAGAAGCGAGGAAAAAUAUCGAGGGUGGUCUGUGGUUCAGCAAAGCUGGAAAAGGACAAACCAGUGGGGUAUUUAGUCGUGCGGGAAUUAAAUCUGUUAAUUGCUCUUUUGGUAAGGUAUCAUGUAAGAUCAAGAUACCCGAGUCGACGAGUAUGAAGUCCAGAGACAACCAAGUCACGGGAUUGGAACACCAAUCUGUGGACACCAAGAAAACUCUGGACAAGAGAGUUGCGUGUCUUCCAGCUAGCAGUCGAUUGAUGACGAGAGCACUAAAAGCAAUGGAAGACGCUCGGCUCCGGCAGCCGUCUAGCCAAGAUCUUAAACAAACUCUGCCAGGCGGUGAAAGUGAGACCGACGUACGCGUCACGAGAUGUGCGUCUACCGAAAAGACAAAAGUCAAAUCGAGACGGCCGAAAAUUUCAGCGCGGCCCGAUUUGAACGCGGAUUUAAAAGCGAAAUCCGACGCCGCUCCCAAGGCGCCUCUCAAUCCGUCUGAUCUGGAAGACGACGAGGUCGUCGUCAAGUCAGAGGACGAAUCUUGUUCGAUAUCUUCCGUACCACUCGGUUUCAACGCGUCGGAAGUGAAACGAGAGACUCGAGCGUCCGAGGCGUCGGCGUUUUCCACAGCAUCUCCGUUCCGUGUAAACAUACAGGACGGCGAAGACAUGAAAGAAAUAACCUUCAAGUCGCUGGAAAACGAAAAAAACGGAACGUCGGCCAGAUUCCGUCCAGACGCAAACUAUAAAUAUAGCACGUUCCUGAUGUUGUUAAAGGACAUACACGACAGUCGAGAAAAAGAUGGCCGACCCGUGGUCAUGGAAACGAUACCCGCGACAAAACUCAUUAAAGAGGAGCCUUCGACGAUUUCAGAACGCGAUCUGAAAAGUCGUUUCGGUCGCGUUAAGGAUAAUACUGAGCGCUGCGCGUGGGCGGGGCUUAAGAAGUACGGACAGAGCAGAAUGUCUGGUUUUAAGUCGAAGCAAGACAAAACAAAUGCAAAGUUUGGUCCUGAUCUGCGAGAGGUCAACGGUUGUGUCGUUCAGCGUUGCCCGAGCAUUUCUACUGCACCGAAAUCUGCUAAAAAACCUAGCAAAAAAAGUCAAGCGGUCGUGAAGAAGAGCCUUGAUGACAUUUUUGUGCCUUCGGAGUUGUCAACACGUGCGUGUAGCAGGAAGUCGGAUGCAAACACACCUUCGCCGGGGUCCAAACCCCUCGCCGAGAACUCGGAGAAUAGUUUUUUGGGCAGUGUACCUAAAAAACGCUGGCAGAAGUUUGAGCAGGACGUCGUGAAGGUGUCGCAGGCGGAGAUCAGAAGUGAGCAAGGACCAGGGCAACCUUCAGAACGGAAAAGCGUCGUGGAGCCUGGUGCCGAAACGACGACUCCGACAUCGUCUGCGUCGGCUAAAGAGAUGUCCGUAAACACAGCAAACGGAGCUCCAAAUACCUGUGAGGUUCCGAGUUUCCCCACAGAGAGCAAACGCAUCAGAAAGCCUAGCAAAAGACUCAUCGAGUGGACAGAGGAAUACGACCACAUAUUUGCCACUAAGAAGAAAGCGAAGAAGCAACCGGAAUCCUUGCAGAAGGUCAUUAAAAACAGGUCUGUUAAUAUGACGGAGAAAUCCUCAGGCAUACAGCGACAUCAAGGAGCGAUACGACGUGCGCCGAACCCCUUACCGGAAAUUCAGACUCCUCCCCCUGAAGAGAGGUCUAAGACUCCUCCCAUGCUAGAAAAUCCUCCGUGUCAAGAGAGCCAGGUUAUGGCUGUAGACACACUAACUCCGCCACCAGAAACAGAAACCUCCCUGUAUGGAGAAAAUUGUUUUAAGGAACAGCUUCCGGUUCAGAAUUGUUCUCCCGCUGGCGAUGGCAUCUGUUUAAGCACAAAGAGGCAGAGGAAACCCACCAAGAAAAUUCUAGAGAGUUCAAUCGAAGCUGAACCAAUUCUGACGCCAAAAAAGAAGGUGAAAACCCAGAGGAACGGUUCUUCAGGACAUGCUGCUCAUUCAGGCUUUGGACAAUCAAAAAGUAAGAGCAAGCAGCCUGCUGUAUUCACUCCUGAAGAGAACGUCCCAAUUUCAGAGAGUACAGAGAGGGAGGCGGAUAUCACUCCUACGAACCCUGACACACUUAACCCUGAGACAGCCAAGGACGGCAAAUACACUCUGGAAUCUGAGGUAUUUGACCCCACUGUCGACUGCUCUGAGAUGAAAAAUGAAUCGGCUGAUAGCAGACUGUCGGCGGAGAAAGGGAGUGGCGUAUUCCCGAAAGACGGCGUUUGUCAGGUUUGUGAGAAACAGGGAGAGCUGCUUCUGUGUGAAGGCCAGUGCUGCAGCACGUUCCACCCACAAUGUGUCGGCCUGACCGCGCCACCGACCGGGAAGUUUCUGUGUCAGCAGUGCACUUCUGGCGCACACGAAUGUUUCAUGUGUAAGAAGCUGGACGACGACGUGAGGCGCUGCAUGGUCCCUGCCUGCGGGAAGUUCUACCACGGAGAGUGCAUUGCCGGCCACGCCCUCACGGUGCCUUUAAACCGAGGCUUCCGCUGCUCCCUCCAUGCUUGUCUCGCCUGCUUCAUCACCAACCCGAGCAACCCCUCCGUUUACAAAGGUCGACUGAUCCACUGCGUCAGAUGCCCCGUUGCAUACCACGCUAGCGAUUACUGCAUCCCUGCUGGCAGCGUCGUCUUGUCCGCUAACUGCAUCCUCUGUCCCAACCACUUCGUGCCACGAAAGGGCUGCCGCAAUCACGAACACGUCAACGUCAGUUGGUGCUUCGUUUGCUCGGAAGGAGGGAGCCUGCUCUGCUGCGAGUCCUGUCCCGCCGCUUUCCACCGUGAGUGUCUGAACAUCGACAUGCCCGAGGGGAGCUGGUUCUGUAACGACUGUCGAGCCGGGAAGAAACCACACUACAAAGAAGUGGUGUGGGUGAAAGUGGGUCGAUAUAGAUGGUGGCCCGCUGAAGUCAGCAACCCUAAGGACGUUCCGGAAAAUAUCCUGCGGAUGAGGCACGACGUCGGCGAGUUUCCGGUCCUUUUCUUCGGUUCCAACGACUACCUGUGGACGUACCAGGCCCGGGUCUUCCCGUACAUGGAAGGAGACGCCAACAAUAAAGACAAAAUGGGAAAGGGGGUCGACUCCAUUUACAGGAAAGCUUUGGACGAGGCCGCCGGAAGAUUCCGGGAACUGCAGGCAGAGAAGGAACUCCGGCAGCUCCAGGAGGACAGGAGAAACGACAAGAAGCCGCCUCCUUACAAGCACAUCAAGGUGAACCGACCGAUCGGCAAAGUGCAGAUCAUUACGGCCGACUUGUCCGAGAUCCCACGCUGCAACUGCAGAGCGACGGACGAGAACCCCUGCGGCAUGGACUCGGAGUGCAUCAACCGCAUGCUCCUCUACGAAUGCCACCCUCAGGUCUGCCCAGCGGGGGAGACGUGCCAGAACCAGUGCUUCACCAAGCGCCAGUACUCGCAGGUGGAAAUCUUCCGGACGUUGUCCCGGGGCUGGGGCCUGCGCUGCUGUCACGACAUCAAGAAGGGCGCGUUCGUAAGCGAGUACGUCGGCGAGGUGAUCGACGAGGAGGAAUGCCGAGCUCGGAUCAAGCGGGCGCAGGAGAACGACAUUGGGAAUUUCUACCUGCUGACUCUAGACAAGGACCGCAUAAUUGACGCCGGACCUAAAGGAAACCAGGCCAGAUUCAUGAACCACAGCUGCCAGCCAAACUGCGAGACCCAGAAAUGGACCGUAAACGGAGACACCCGGGUCGGACUGUUUGCACUGGUGGACGUUGCCGCUGGCACCGAGCUGACGUUCAACUAUAACCUCGAGUGUCUGGGCAACGGGAAGACCGUGUGUAAAUGCGGCGCGCCGAACUGCAGUGGCUUUCUAGGUGUAAGACCAAAGAAUAACCCUCCCGCAGACGACAAGGGCCGUAAGAUGAAGAGGAAAGGCCACGUAAAGCGCAAGUCGCAGCAAGAGCUGACCAAGGAGCGGGAAGACGAGUGCUUCAGCUGUGGAGACGGUGGACAGAUGGUUUCAUGUAAGAGACCUGGGUGUCCAAAGGUUUAUCACGCAGACUGUCUCAACCUGACCAAGAGACCUGCAGGGCGUUGGGAGUGUCCGUGGCACCAGUGUGACCUGUGUGGUCAGGAAGCCGCCUCGUUCUGCGAGAUGUGCCCCAGUUCCUACUGUGUGGAGCACCGCGACAGCAUGCUCUUCAUCUCCAAGCUGGACGGCCGACUGUCCUGCAGCGAACACGACCCGUGCGGACCCGAGCCUCUAGAACCGGGCGAGAUCCGCGAAUACCUCCCGGAACACGUCAACGCCUAUCCGGUGAAGGCUUUACCGCUUUACCAAUUCCCAGCGUGCCACUCCGGUCCGCUUCUUCAAUCCUCCGACGCUUUGCUGAUGCCCUCUAGCCCUCCUUCCAGUCCUUCCCUCGCGGUCGCCUUUACCAGCCCGUACUCGCCGAUAUCGUCCUGCGGGGAAGACGAAAACCCGCCGGAGCAGGACGACGACGUAGAAGACGACGGUGCGAUCAUCGUAGAGGAAGCUAACGGACGCACUCGGUCAGAAACGCGGUAUAGAAGGCGUCCGAAAGUCACGCAGGCCGUGCGAACGUAGGGAACAGCCGUAGAAUUGGAUUUCGACGCCGCUUAAUGCGGAAAAACGAUCAUCAACCCUGGUGGGUUUAGAAUUUAAUCAAUUCUUGUUUUUUUUUAAAAAAUUCGGCGCUUCUUAGAUUUACACGUAGACGUGCGAAGCAUGGAAACGUGACACUUUGAGAAAACGGACGACUCUGAAACGAAUUACGAAAUGAGCGACGUUCAGACCAGAGACCACGUCUGAAAGUCCACUUCAGUCCUUGCGACCGAGUAACAAAUCCCCGUUUGUUCCUCGCGAUAAAGUUUUUGCACUCACCACUUUUAUAUCCUUCCAGUACGAGCGCUGGCUGGCUAGCGUAGCGCAAAAACAGCCCGAAUCCCCGUUCCCGGGCUCCACGGCCGCUGUCCCAGCAUCGCCCGAAGCCGUGGUCUGCACUUACCGCUUCACAAACCACUUUUAACGGAAAUCUCAAAGAGAUUCAGAUUCUUUCAAAUCCCCUCCGACAGGAAAGACACGUAACGGUGUUUAUUUCUGAGAGAAAUAGUUUGACGUAACGUAGAAAAUCCUCCUCGAGGGCCGGUUUUGCACUUUAUGACCGCUCGUAAAAAUUAAAACGGGAAAGAUUCUUGAAUAUAGAACCACGUGGGGGAAAAAAACCCCCCUCCCAACGCUGGAUACGCCGACCGAGACGUUCUUCGACAGCGUGCAUCCACCGUUUGACUUUUUAAUGCCUUAUGAACGUGCGCUCGUACCGAAACGGACGCCGCUCGCGUUCAAAGAGGUCGUUUUUAACCCGUCGCGUUAACUGCAGUAAUUAGAUCUAGUGUCUUAAAUCAGUUACACAAUACGUUGUUAUUCUGGUGUCAUAAUCACCAGCCCUGCGUUUUCUGUUUUCGUUUUUAUUUUUCAAUCGGGGCGGCGAUUUUGGGCAGCGUUCGCACCCCUGAGAUGAAACGCCGUCGUGCUCGGAAGGCGGCACGAACGCAACGAUCUCCUAAGGUAACUGUUUUUACGGAAAGUCCACCUCGAAACACAUUAAACGCGCUCAUACUGAAACUCGACGAUCUCAAGCGUAACUGGUAUCUCGUGAAAACAAGAGCCCGUCCACGUCACGUGGAGUCGUCGGCGUCGCACGGACGCAGCGCGGCGGUACUCGACGACGUGUCGGCGUGAAAGAAAGUCGACACUUUAGAACCUUAUCAGCGUGAAGCGAGUGCACAGACGAGGAGGCGGGAGCGCAAGACUAAAAGUACUAAAGUACUAAAGCGCCGCUGCAUCGCUCUGUUCGGAGAGAGAUGAAGCGAGGUAGGGCUUUCGACGUCAGCAUCGGCGGGCGGUCGAACGGCCUCGUGGGUAAUGGAGAAACCCGCUGAAGAGUUUGAUUCCAAAAUAAAUCCAGAAUGCUGUUGAAGAUCACAUGUUAAUGAGAAGGAUUAACACGCGAGGCCAGGCGUUCAGGGUGGAUUUUUUUCCUUUAACUGUCUUUCACGAGUUCUGGACACUUCCACUGUCUUCUGAAAUAUAAAUGUAUCAAAUGAGUAAUUAGUAAUUAAGUCAUGGAUGUGACAGAGUGACCUUUCGCUGAAUGUCACAGCGGACGUUCUUAAUAAGGGAGGCUCGGGCUUCUUUCUAAAGCUGAAUUGGAUUGUGAUAUCCACUCGACGAGCACUUUAUUAGGAACACCGUACUGAUACUCACUCUUUUCUUCCAGUACGGCCUCGAUCCUCCGUGGCACGGGAGGAUCCGUUGAUAUUGACAACAAUCUUCCGUGCUACCACAUCCCAAAGGUGCUCUACCGGUACUUCUUUCGAAGUACCCCGAACUCAUUGUUCUCCUGGUGCUCUCUGAUAUGGCGCGUUAUGGUUCUGGAUAAUCAUAAGAUUUACAUUUACAUUUAUUCAUUUAGCGGACGCUUUUAUCCAAAGCGACUAAGAAAUGAGGAAAUACAAGCAAAGCGAUAUAUCAAGCGGAGAACAAUACGAGUAGAAGAAAGGUCAAUUGUGGGACAUGGGGAUGCGUAUGGUCAGCUUAUGAGAGGUCGUGGCAUUCGGUUGGCAACAAUGUGCACCAAGUAACCGAGCAACCCCACACCGUUACACUACCACCACCAGCCUGAACUGUCGUCACGAGGCAGGUGGGGUCCGUGGAAUCGUGCUUUUUAAGGCAAAAACUCUUAUCGGACCCUGUAGCAGAAAUCAAAAUUCAUCAGAUGGGUGUGAUGAGGUUUUUCCGACCUUCCGUUCACUUUUGACGGGCCUGUGCGCAACUUCUGGCACCAACAACACCGAGAAGUCACGCCGAUCUCAUGUGAACAUUAACCCAAACCAUUAACCUGUAUUUGGAUGAUUCUACGCAUCACGCCCUUGCCACAUGAUUGGCUGACUGAAUAAGCAAGGAUACAGGUGUUCCUAAUAAAGUGGUCAGUGAGUGUAUAUUGUUCUAGAUUUAUAGUAUGUGUACCAGAUAGAUGGAAAUCAUAUUUAUGCCUUUGUGCUUCUGUAGUUUUGCACUCGAGGCUAACGGACCACCAGCUAACAUCGUGCAGACUGCUUUUCUUUAAUCACACAAAAGAAUGAUCUCAAAAUGUAAAAUAAUAAUAAUAAUAAUAACAAUCUCAAAAUCUAAACGCUAACACGGACGCUAGCACAGCGUGAUUUUUAUGUUAUCACAAAAAAAUAAAAUAAAAUACAGUACAGCUUACAAGCAGCGAUUAAAGGGGCCAAGCACUUUCUGUCUAGCAUCAAGCCGUUGCUAAGAUAUUGCCUCACUUACUGUUCUCAGUAGCCUUCCCGAGUUGCAAAUGUUGUCUCGUGUUGCUAAAUAUAUCAUUUGAUGUCAAUACAUGAAAGUCUUACGAUACAAAUUUCGUGACCAUUUGGGAAAAUUUGUAGGAGAAGAGGCAAAACCCCCCCCCCCCCCCCCCCCCCCUUUCAAUUUCAAAAUGGCCGCCUUCCUGCCGGGCAAAUCACAGCAUCUUUACAUGCCGAAAGAACAUAAAUUCCUUACAUGACGUUCAGUGCUUGGCCCCCUAAUAAUGGCAAAGUGAUUUGUGAAAACCAGCGUCGGCCAUUUUAAAGUCAGCCGCUUAAUAAAAUCAGCGUUUAUUCUGCUGUUAUUACAUUGUUCAGUCCCUACACGAUUUCGUUUUUUUUUUUUUUUUUUUGCGAUCGCAGAAACGAACCCAAAAUCAAGCAAACACGCAACAUCCGGAGGCGCUCGCAAUUUUUCCAGAUUAGCGCAGAUUUUCCGCAGAUUCGGGACGCGAGACGUGUCGUCUGACGUCGCGUUCAGCGUCCAGCGGCGAGUACAGGCUGGUAAAAUCGCCACGCGCGUUCAGCCAAGACCCUCUCCGAUUCACGCACUCGAAAGCGAGUGCAGCUAAAACGUCUCGUUUACCAACGAACAUCGCUGCGAAAGACAAUUCCAGUUCUCCGCAAAAUAAAGCAGCAAACGCCGCAGCAGAAUCGAGCGUUUCUGGCCGCAACAAUAGAAAAGACUCUGUGAAAUCCUGUACGGACUGAUCGUUUAAUCAUAAUCGUACGCUGUGGUCUUACUCGAUUCAAUCUUCAGUCCUGCCCACGCUCGGUCCGUGUUAGCUUUUAGAGUACGUGAGCUAAGCCGUUUGAACAGCGCACACGACUCGCCUGAAAGUGCGACCGCUUCGUUUUGCGCCACCUGCUGGUAGAACACAACCUACACCCGAAAUGUGACCAAAAUCCUCCCAUAUUCCCAGCGCAUGUCCUGGUGUCGGUUUACGACGCGAUGUUACAGCGUGUCUAUAGGUCUCAGAAAGCGGCUGGUCCUGAUUAACGGACAGGAACAAAAUGGCCGACUUGUCGUGUAUAUAUCUGUACAGUUCAAUAGCUCUAUAUUAAAGUGACACUAAAAGCAGAUCCUGAAACUCGCUACAUGCUUGGUGUACAAGUCACUGCGAAACUUUUUACCGUAACCGUUCAGAAUUUUUCUACACCUAACCGAGGCAAAGAGUCUGACCAAAGGCCUCUCUUUGCAUGUUUCGCUCUCUCAUAGCUACCGGGCUUACCACAGCCUCUCGCGAAUCCGCGCGAGCGUCGUAGCACGAGACGCUCAGCGUAGUUCCGCUUCACCGUUAUGAUCAUCGCAACGCUUUGGACCUGGACGUUAUUAACGUGUCUACUGUACUCCUGUGUAAAACGACAGCUUGCUGUUAUAAUGGUUAUUAUUAUUAUUUUUUGGACACUGCCGUCCUGCUGCUUUGCUCCGCUUCCUCUUGCUGUAUUGGAUGAAAGAAAGAAAAAAAUAUAUAUACAAUGCUGCCUUGUGAGAGCGUUUAAUUGUCCUGUAGUGCUUUGUACAUAAUAAAUGACAGAAGUA